GUUAGUCAAAAAAAAUUUCUGAUCCCGUUGCUGCUCUCUCUCUUGUAUUUGUCCGGAGGAUACAAAGGCGACUCUGACCAGUAAGAAAGAUGGCAGUCGAGAUGGCCUCUCAGUCUCAGGUUUUGGUGGAAGAGAAAUCGAGUGUCAGAAUCUUGACACUAAAUAGACCAAAGCAGCUGAAUGCUCUGUCCUUCCAAAUGAUCUCUCGAUUGCUGCAACUGUUCCUUGCAUUUGAGGAGGACUCUAGUGUGAAACUUGUCAUCCUAAAGGGUAAUGGAAGAGCCUUUUGUGCUGGUGGCGAUGUUGCAGCUGUUGUUCGUGACAUCGAACAAGGUAACUGGAGACUCGGUGCCAAUUUCUUCUCCGAUGAAUACAUGCUCAACUAUGUUAUGGCCACAUAUAGCAAAGCUCAGGUUUCAAUUUUGAAUGGUAUCGUCAUGGGAGGCGGAGCUGGUGUCUCCGUCCAUGGUCGAUUUCGUAUUGCAACUGAGAACACGGUUUUUGCCAUGCCUGAGACAGCUCUGGGGCUCUUUCCAGAUGUAGGCGCCUCCUACUUCUUGUCAAGGCUCCCUGGAUUUUUUGGAGAGUAUGUUGGCCUCACAGGAGCUAGAUUAGAUGGCGCUGAAAUGCUUGCUUGUGGCCUUGCAACUCAUUUUGUGCCUUCAACGAGGUUGACUGCAUUAGAAGCAGAUCUUUGCCGAGUUGGUUCAAAUGAUCCAACCUUUGCCUCAACAAUUCUCAACGCAUACACCCAGCAUCCGCGCCUGAAACCGCAGAGUGCUUACCACAGGUUAGAUGUUAUUGAUAGGUGCUUCUCAAGGAGAACAGUUGAAGAAAUUAUAUCUGCACUUGAGAGAGAGGCCACUCAAGAAGCAGAUGGUUGGAUCUCAGCUACCAUUCAAGCAUUGAAGAAGGCUUCACCAGCAAGCCUUAAAAUCUCUCUUAGAUCGAUAAGGGAAGGGCGACUGCAGGGGGUGGGGCAGUGUCUUAUCCGUGAGUAUAGAAUGGUGUGUCAUGUGAUGAAGGGAGAAAUCAGCAAAGAUUUUGUGGAGGGGUGCAGAGCCAUAUUGGUAGACAAAGAUAAGAACCCAAAGUGGGAGCCAAGGCGACUGGAGGACAUGAAGGAUAGCAUGGUAGAGCAGUACUUCGAGAGAGUGGAGGAAGAAGAGGAAUGGGAGGAUCUAAAGCUUCCGCCAAGAAACAACUUGCCUGCUUUAGCGAUCGCAAAGCUGUGAAGCGGAGAAAGUGAGCGAGCACUAUUGUUUAGCUAGUGUCUGUGUGAAAAAAGAAAAUAAAUGUAACAACACUUGUGUUGAAUAGGACUUGCAUACAUUACAGAAAAGCAUUAUUGUAUUGAGAAUUGACACCAAAGCAAAGCAGAUUUGUUAAUGGUGUUGGAGGCACAACCAUGGCCACUGGACGUGGAAGCACGUCUUUUGACAUUGUUCA